GCCUUCACAGGCCAGGCCUCCUGACCCCCUGCAUUUGUGCCGAGAACCCUUGAGUCGAAUCCAUCGGCCCUCUUCUACCCUGAGGCAACGAUCAAAGACAAGCCCCAUCCCAGAGGAGAGCCCUUCACCAAAGGACUUCAUGGAUGAGAACCCCACCUUCGCCAUCCCAUCACAAAGAGUUGAGCCCAUGGCAAAGGUUCACCAGCUAAUGCCUGCAUCUGAGGACCUAGAACCUCCAUUCCAGCCGUCCACCCUUACUGCAGACCCACCAGGGAGCCCACCACCAGCCCCAGAUCCUGCUCUGGAGCCCCCAUCGACCCCACCACCAUCCAGUCUUUUACGCCCCCGCCUCAGUCCCUGGGGCUUGGCCCCCCUCUUCCGUUCCGUCCGCUCCAAGCUGGAGAGUUUCGCUGACAUCUUCCUCACGCCCAACAAGACCCCGCGGGCCCCACCCCCAUCAUCUCCCAUGAAGCUGGAGUUGAAGAUUGCCAUCUCAGAGGCUGAGCAGUCCCGGGCUGAGGGCAUUACAUCUGUUAGUCCCCGUCCCCCCAUCCGCCAGUGGCGGGCUCAGGACCAUAAUACCCCAGCACCUCUCCCUAAGCUUUCUCUGGGCCGAAGCCACUCCUGCCCUGAUCUGGGGCCCCCUGGCCCAGGUACCUGCACCUGGCCCCCUGUUCCACCCCAAACAAGCUGGUCCAGGCCCCGUCGGCACACUGUGGGUGGUGGGGAGAUGGCCCGAGCCCCACCACCUCCUCGGCCCUGUCUCCGGAAAGAGGUCUUCCCUCUUGGAGGAAUGGUUGCCUCCCCUUCUCUCACCACAUCUUGCUCGUCCAGUGCAUCCACCUCCUCCUUCUCCGAACCAGCAGAACCCAGAUUGGGCUCAACCAAGGGGAAGGAACCAAGAUCCUCAAAAGACCAGGUGCUUUCAGACCCUGAGACCAAGACUAUGGGAAAAGUUUCUGGAUUCAGAAUACGUAAGACACCAGUCCGUCCUCAAAUAAACCUUACACCAAUGGGCCUGCCUCGACCAGUCAGGUUAAACAAGAAGGAGUUCAGCUUGGAAGAAAUUUAUACCAACAAGAAUUAUCAAUCACCCACAACCAGGAGGACCUUUGAGACCAUCUUUGAGGAACCCCGGGAGCGCAAUGGGACUCUGAUUCUCACCAGCUCAAGGAAGCUCCGGAGGGCUGUAGAAUUUCGGGACAGCAGUCUUCCCCGAUCCCGGCGGCCAUCCCGUGGGGUCCGGGCAGCAGCUAGCAGGAGCCUUACUCCCAACCUGGUACCCAGCCCAGAUGUGGGACCCCUGCUGCAGCAACGGCUGGAGGAGCUAGAUGCCUUAUUCCUGGAGGAGGAGAAAUAGAUGGGGAGCAACCCCAUCAACCCUAGAAACUCUUGUUUGUCCAUACAUCUGGAGGGAGGGGAACCUCUAAGGCACUUAUAUUUUUUUCUCUAUAUUUCUAGUAAAGUUUUCGAUAUGUUUCUGA